AUGUCGAUUGAUAUUUUAAUUACAGUUCUGUUAAUUUUAAUUAAUUUAUUUGAGAGUAUUCAAUGUGCGAGUAUUGAUCUAAUUCGAUAUCAUGCAAAUCUAUAUCGAUGUGGAGAAAUUAUUAUUGAUGAAGAUCUUAUACGACCAUUGUAUUCAUAUUUUAUUUUAAUGAAACCAGAAGAACAUCAAAAUACAAAUGAUUUAAUUCCAGUAUUGCAUUCUUUAGUGCGUAUUGAAAGUGCAUGUCGUACAGCAUAUUUGACGUCAAAUAAAGAAAUGAAAAAUCCUUCAAUUCUAUAUAAUGGAUUCAAAUGGUUAAAAUCAACAUUUCGAUCGUAA